CUCUGUGAAAUGUUAGUGCGUCUUCAGCAGGGGUGUAAUGUGGGACGGAGCAGCAGGCGUCCAUGAAAACAGUCAAAAAAAUGAAUAAAUAAAUAAAAAAAGAAAAGAAAGUAGGAUCAUGUAAUAUUGAUGGAUCCAGAGUUGAGCGGUUGCCUUGGGUAAACGGAGAGACGACUGACGCGCGCCGAACCAGCCGCAUGUGAUUUCCAGCCUCAGUCAUUUUGGCAGCACGAUGCGAGAGAGAGACAGACACGGAGCUGUGAAACUGGACCCUCUGCCAGAGAUGUCGACGGAGAGGAAUCCCUGAAACCACCGCUGCCCAGGAAAUAUGGACAAAUCUGGUUUUGUGUGCGAGUGCGGGCUGUUUUCUGUCGGUUUUCUGCACAUUGCUACACUGUAGUGGACCAGGAUGCCGUGUGGGCGACGCUGCCACAAGGGAUACAUUGUGAUUUCGCAGAGAUGUUUUAGCAACCGUUGCAUAAAUUAAAAUCAGAAAAAAAAGAAAAAAAAACCCCUGAGGGAUUAGAGUCCGAAGGGAUCUAAAAAGACAUCACCACCUGUUACCAGAAAAUCAGCCCUCGAGUGGUUUUAGCGUCAGAAUGACACCUUAGCCACGUCCUCCUCCUGUUCCUGCAGCACGGCCACCGAACACGGACCUCCGGCACAGAAACCGCACUACAGGACAGCUCCAUUCUGCUCUCUAGCUCCAGAUCCACCGGGAAUAAUCCUGCAACUCCUACAGCCAGCCUGGAGAAGUGACAGCAUUGCGCUCCCACCGUCCAACUCUGACAGCCAUGAUUCGGGAAGGCCCUCUGCUACGGCUCAGAUCAGGGAUCAACUCGCUGCUCGAUGGCUAGACCUCACCGUCCUAAGAGCUGGGGGCCUUUCUGCUGAGUAUCCCUCACUGCAUAGUAGCACAUGGAUUUCAAGACUUCAAAUGAAGAGACAAAGACUGGGAUUUAUUUGAUGCAAGAAGGUAAUGAGGAGCCGUUUAAUAUUCGACUGCACUUGGCCAAAGAUAUUCUGACCAUUCAAGAGCAAGAUGUCAUCUGUGUGUCAGGAGAGCCUUUUUAUUCAAGUGAGAGGACUGUAACGAUCAGGAGGCAGACGAUUGGAGGGUUCGGCCUGAGCAUCAAGGGUGGAGCAGAGCAUAAAAUCCCUGUUGUGAUUUCAAAAAUAUCAAAAGAACAAAAAGCUGAACUGUCUGGGCUGCUCUUUAUUGGAGAUGGCAUCCUUCAGAUAAAUGGAAUAAACGUCAGAAGUUAUCGCCAUGAGGAAGUGGUCCAGGUUUUGAGAAAUGCCGGCGAAGAAGUGACUCUCACGGUUUCCUUCUUAAAGAAGACUCCAGCCUUUUUGAAACUGCCACUGUGCGAGGACUGCACAUGCAUCCCCAGUGACCAGAGUAGUGGGACCUCCUCCCCUCUGUGUGAUAGCGGUCUGCACUUGAAUUAUCAUCCCAACAACACGGACACGCUGUCCUGCUCGUCCUGGCCCACGUCCCCAGGGCUUCGCUGGGAGAAGAGAUGGGUGGACCUGCGCCUUAUUCCUCUGCUACAUUCGCGCCUGUCGCAGUACAUCCCCGGCUCUGACGUCUGCAGGAAAAAUGCUUUCCAGGUCAUAGCUGUGGACGGAGUUUGCAGUGGAGUGAUACAGUUUCCCGCAGUUGAAGACUGCUUGGACUGGCUUCAGGCAAUAGCGAGCAACAUUUCUGGUCUCACCAAGCACAAUGUGAAGAAGAUUAACCGAAACUUUCCAGUUAACCAGCAGAUUAUCUACAUGGGCUGGGUCGAUGAGAAGGAGCAGGACUCCGUUCAGGACCGAAUGUAUUCACCAAAGUUCCUCGCUUUGAGGGGUUCCUCACUCUUCAAGUUUUCAGCACCUCCUGUGACAACAUGGGACUGGACCAGAGCAGAGAAAAGCUUUACCGUGUACGAGAUAAUGUGCAAGAUUUUAAAGGACAACGACCUUCUGGACAAGAGGAAGCACUGUUUCAGCGUCCAGACGGAGACCGGGGAGGACAUGUUCUUCAGCGUGGAGCUGGAGUGCGAGCUGCUGAUCUGGGAAAAGGCUUUUCAGAUGGCCACGUUCCUGGAAGUGGAGAGGAUACAGUGUAAAACGUACGCCUGUAUCAUGGAGAGCCACCUUAUGGGACUCACAAUUGACUUCAGCAUGGGCUUUGUGUGCUUUGAUGCCGCUUCAAAGGCAGUCCUGUGGAGAUACAAGUUCUCCCAACUUAAAGGAUCAUCUGAUGAUGGAAAAAGCAAAAUUAAAUUUUUAUUCCAAAAUCAAGACUCCAAAUCUAUUGAAGCAAAGGAGCUGGAGUUCUCGAACCUCUUCGCCGUGCUUCACUGUAUUCACGCGUUUUUUGCUGCCAAAGUUGCUUGUCUGGACCCGAUGUUUGUGGAGAGCCAAGGCACCGCGACUACCACUGGGAUUCCUUCUCUCUCCAGCCUCUCGUGUAAUUCACAGACACCUAAGCUGAAGUACACCACUUGACAGGUGCUGCUUCCUCCGGACCCCUUUGAAAAAGAAACUGCACUUAAUCAUGAACGUGGCCCGACACGGUGGACAGGAGAGCUGGCAGGAGCUCAGACUGGGACGCUAUGGACUCACUGGUGGAACUAAAGACCUCUUCAUGAGUGAUUCGCUUGAUAUCUCUGCAGAUUUCUGGGAUUUCUGGACCUAAACAUGAACCUCUACUUUGAAUAACUUGACAAGAUGGACACAAAAUGUGUGAAAAUGUUUUUAAAUGAUUUUGUCUUUCUCUUGAGCCUCAGACAUCCUUACUAUCAACACAUCAAGAAAAAUGCAGUUCUUUUCCUGAGUUAGUCUGCUUUUCUAUCUAAUUUUACUGAAAAUCUAGAGUUGAAGCAAACUAGAUUUUAGCCUUUCUUCCCACUUCAGAUGGUACAUCACUUGAUGAGGAUAAUUCUGGACUCUGGAUAAGAUGAAAUGAUGUGUUAUUCUGAUGACAUGUUUCUUUAUUUGGUGUGUUUUUAAGGUGAACACUUUUAUUCAUAAUUGAAUUUGCAGUAGACCACUUUUUUCCACAGGUUGAUUAAAACUAAAAGACUAAAUGGAAACACAGGUCUGAUCUUAUAAAACAAAAUCUCUUGAAUUUUGAGUAAAUGUAAUUACAUGGACGUUUGCUGGCGGCAUCGGUGAACUCAAUUAAUGCCUUAGGCUGAAUUUCGUUUCUUUUUUUCUUCAUAUGAGGUAAGAAUUAUAUCUGUCUCCUGAAUUACUGGAUAGAAUGAUUAGAAACACCUUCCAUCAUGUUUAUAGCAUUUUUUUCCCCAAACUUGAUUAUGUAAAUAAACACUGACAUUGAAAUGAACUCAAAGAACUAUGAAUUACGGUGAUUACUUGAGGGAUUAUUUGUAGGGAUUAUGGCAUUUGUUAAUUUGAUGUGCACCCGAGGCGGCUAGGUAGAUAGCUCAUAACCUCAUGCUCUCUUCAUCGUUUACUCUAUGGACCAACUUAGAAGAGCAAAAUCAGCUAUGGUGUAUUUUUGGAAUAUUUUAUCUUUUCUUUGACCUCAGCUUGUAAAUAUAAUAGAGAAAAACUUUCCAUUGACAAAUGAGAAAACACUGGGAGGAGAAUAUAGAAAUAUGUAGCAUUGUGGCCUCCAAAGGAUUGAGAUAGCCCUUUAAACUUCACUCUGUAUAAAACUGUUUAUAAAAGCUGCCGAGUGGCAACUAAACUAUCAUUCAAAAAGAGUUCAGGUCAAUUAGCGCAAUUAGUCAUGCUCUUACCUUCCAUUUACAAAGAGGAGUCCAAACAGAAGAGGCCCAUGGGUAAGUAAACUCUAGAGGAUAGCAAAUUAAAUGGGGUCAGUAAAGUGCUUUGUACUGUGUGGCCUUGUUAAGCUGAUAUGAGUGUCUGAUGGAAACUAAUGGUGCAGUCUAUGCAAAGAAAGUCAGUGAUGCUUUUGUGCUUUAAAAUUACCUUGGUCGCAUAUACCCUUAUAACACAGGAUCUAGAGAGUGAGGUUGAUUUUAUUUUUUGCAGAUGUUUUAUUAACAAAUAUGCUGUGUAAUAAAUUAAUAAAUGAGACCUUUUAUAUUGUG